AUGGACGAAUACGACGGCUACUCUGACCAUUCCUACGAGGGGUUCGACGAAGAUGCAUUGGAUGAUGAAGAAUACGAACUUCUGUAUGCUCAGCUCCCGUCAUUCCGUAACAAGGUGAAAUCGAAAAAUUACCAUAUUGAUGAGGACCUUCUCAAGGAAUACCUCUGGGAGGCAGAGUUUGAUCCAGAUGUAGCCUUUGAAAUUGUCACUGAAAACCAUAAACCCGUUAAAAUCAAACAAAACUUUCAAACUCAAAGUCCCGAUGAGAAACGUCAAGUUGUUGAAAAUCUAUCGGAAAAAAUAUCAGAUGUGAAAAUUGAACAUAAAGAACCUGCAAAACAAAAGAAAAAAGUCAGUCCGACCAAACCAAAGAAUAAAAUAGAUGUUGCCAAAGAACUCAGUCUAAAAUCUUCCAAACCUUUACUUUCGUCAAUUGUCAUUGGACAUGUGGAUAGUGGGAAAUCAACUACAAUUGGAAGAAUGCUCUAUGAUUUAGGUGUUGUUGAUUCCAGAACACUACAUAAACUAACCAAGGAUGCCGAAUUAGCUGGUAAAGGUUCAUUCUCGCUUGCAUGGGUAAUGGAUCAAACCCCAGAAGAGAGAUCACGAGGUGUUACCGUCGACAUUGUUCAAACACAGUUUGAAACUGAUAAAAUGAGAUUUGCAAUUAUCGACUCCCCCGGUCAUCGUGACUAUGUUCCACAAAUGAUCAACGGUGUCACGCAGGCAGAUUUUGCUGUUGUCAUUAUUGACUCAACAUCGGAUUUGAUAUUCGAAGCAGUCUUAUCCAGAGAGGAUAAGACAAAUGCUUCACUAAGUGAGAUAUCCAAAGGCCAAACUUUUGAGCAACUUUUAAUUGCGAAAAAUCUAGGUAUUGAUAAUGUCCUGUUGGUCCUCAACAAAAUGGACGUUAUAGAUUGGGAUCAGGAUAGAUUUAUAACUUUGAAAGACACUCUCACUGAUCAUCUAACAGAAUCGUUAGGUUUUGCUAAAGAGAAUCUAAGGUUCUUACCAGCAUCCGGGUUCAACGGUGAUAACAUUGUGAAAAAAUCAAACAAAUGCAAAUGGUACGAUGGACCUACAUUAUUUGAAACUCUAGAGCAAGUUAAUGAAGAAAUGCAUAAAUCAAUCAAUGAAUUAACAGAGGUUUCUAAGGAUCCGUUUGCCCUAACCAUCACUGACAUUCAAAGCACUGCAGACCAUGGAUCUCUCUCUAAGAAAUCUAAUAGCCUGAUUGUCCAAGGUCGAGUAAACAGCGGUACAAUUCAGCCUGGAGAAACUGUCAGGCUUUGGCCUUCUGAAGAAACUGCAGAAAUUGAUUCCGUCACAACUACAGUCUCUAAAUUGGAAGAUAAGGAUGCAUCAGAAAAAAACAAUGAAAAAAUUGGUACUGUCGGUGAAUUUAUCGAGCUAAAACUGCGUAAAUUAGAAAUACCCGAUGCCGUUUUUCUAGGUGAUCUAAUGACCAAGGUCUCCAAUGUUUCAAAUUAUGAUGUCGAGUGUGGCAAUGAAUUAACUUGUGAGUUACGUAUGUUUGGAUUGACGCGUCCCGUUUUAGUCGGGACCCCCUUUGUUUUAUUCAAAGGUCCUGUUUCAUAUUCUGCAAGACUAGCAUCAAUUGAAUGGGUUGAAAGUAAAGUCAUUCAACCAGACGGUACUACAAAGUUAAAAAAGAGUAAAAAGAAGAAACAUUUAAGUUCCGGACAGCGUGGUAAAGUUGUCAUUGAAACUGAGAAGCUGGUCCCAGUUAUCAAGUCAAAUGAUGGUAAAAGAGCAUUUGAUAAAUUGCAGAGGAUUGUCAUACGUAAGGAAGGUAUGACUAUAGGUGCAGGGAAAAUUAUCUGA